AUUUGUUUUGUUCAUUCUUCACCAUUCUUCACAAAUCACAGCUCAUCUCACGCGUGUUACAAAAGAAAUAGUUUAGUUUUUUUUUCCAUCUUUUUGUUUCGUUUGUGUUCCAAUAUGGAUUCUGUUUUAAAUCCAGAAGCCCCUGAGUUCUAUCCACAUUUGAAAUCUGUAACUCAGGUACAGGAUGGAUACAUGUCAGUUACAAAGUCAAUCAAAUCAGUAAAUACAAUGCCAAUAAAAACAUCAUACAGAGUGUUCAAAACCUUCAAUGAUUUCAAUGUUGUAACGUACCAAAUAAGCGAAAAUGCUAUUGUACAAUCAAACAAUAUAGUGGUCAAUGAUCUUCCAACAGUCAAGUUUAAGACCAAAGACAAUGACAACAAUACGGAAAAAGUAAUCGACGCCAACGAUUACAUGCUGGAUCGUAUACACAUAAACAUAGAUGGGGUUUGUGGAGACAACACAGGUUCCAACUUUGUUGCUAAUCCUAGCGCCAAGUGGAACAAUGCACCUGUCAUCACGAAAAUACAGGUGGGGUCAACAAUGUUUAUUGGAGCGAAAAACAUUCCAAGACCACAGUUGUUUUUUAAGGACCCAGUUGAUAAUUCUGAAAACUUGUGGGUACCAAAAAUUUCCGAUAAGCCAAAUAACAUCAAACCGUUGACGUUAAACAUAAUAUACAACGAUGAAGGUGAAGCUGUGGGAAUUGAACAUCCAUAUAGGAUGGAGUUGGAUUUAUACGUGCCGCCGUUUAAGUUCAUAGAUCCAGAUGAAGAGGAGCCGAAGCUAAGUCCUUCGUUGGAGAACACGAAGUUGACGUACAUUGACACGGAGUCUCAGGUUGACGCUUUGGUUGAACACCUCAGACAAGUGGAUGAGAUCGCGGUGGACGUAGAGCACCACUCGUACAGGACGUAUCAAGGAAUUACCUGUUUGAUUCAAAUAUCUACUGAUGAAGGCGACUUCAUAAUAGACGCAUUGGCGGUCCGAGAACAUAUACAUAAACUGAAUCUGUCGUUCACAGAUCCAAAAAAAUUGAAAGUCUUCCACGGUGCCGAGAUGGACGUGCAAUGGCUACAGCGCGACUUCGGCGUGUACAUAGUGGGCAUGUUCGACACGCACCGCGCGGCGCGAGCUCUGCAUUUAGCUACGCUGUCGCUCAAGUAUCUGCUGAUGAAGUACUGCGCGGUAGAUACGGAUAAACGCUAUCAGCUAGCCGACUGGCGUAUAAGACCGUUACCCGAAGAGCUGAUCGAAUACGCGCGUAUGGACACACACUACUUGCUGUAUAUAUGGCGGCGAAUGAAAGCCGAGCUCUUGGAAAAGGCGCAGGGCAAACCUUACUUGCUGUUGUCGGUAUUCGAGCAAAGCAGACAGAUCUGUGGCACGACAUACCAGAAGACGGUGAUAACGGACGAGAGCCACAUACCGCUGUACGUGCGCUCCAAGAAGUCGUUCGACUCGCGGCAGAUGGCUGCGCUGCGGCUGCUCUACAAGUGGCGCGACUCGCAGGCGCGGGAGCUGGACGAGAGCACAUCGUACCUCCUCCCCAAUCACAUGUUGCUGGCGCUCGCCGAGGCACUUCCGCGCGAAGUGCAAGGUCUGAAUGCGUGCUGCAACCCGAUGCCGCCGUUCGUUAAACAGAACCUCAUCACCAUACAUCGGAUGCUUUUGUCUUGCCGCGAGCUCCCGCUAGAGCCGACGCUAUACCAGAUGCCGUCCACCAUCAACUCGCUGAUGAACGCCUCGCAGCAUCUCCGGCACGCGCACAACGUGCUCGACCUGUCGCACAUGCCGGCUUUCAGAGACGAAGACGUGAACCUGGAUGCCGCAGAGCAAGUGCUCGAGCAGCAGUACGAUGUGCAGCCCGAUAUACCUGCCUUCCAGAACACUGGCGAGACCUACUUAUAUACGAAUGUUAUUUCUGAUUUGAACGUGAACGCCGAGCUAUUCAUACCUCCGUAUGAUCGGUACAGAGCGUACCGAUCUAUUGCAAGGGCGGAUGAGAUUAAAAAAUUCAAAGAACAAGAGGCUAAAAUAGCUGCCUUGGGAGAAGGCAACGAAUUGAUUAAAUCCGAAGUGCUUGAAAAGCUGCAAGAAGUGGAGGCGAAGAAAGAGAAGGAACUGGACGAGCUCGCGGGAACAUCGGACGAACAGCCGAGUGCUUCUGAAGUCACCACCGAUGAACCAGCACCCAGCACCUCUGGGGUCGAACCUAAAGAUGAACAAAAAACGGUGCAAAGGAAACGCAAAAUGUCCACCGAAAAGAUCAACAAACAGCAAGCGACCGCUGAAACUAAAGAAACAACCGAUGGCAACAAAGCCAAGGAUACGAGCAAAGAUGACGACUCGAAAAACUUCGUCAAACCGUUCUCAUACAAAAACGCCAAUUAUAAAAAGUUCCACAACGAAAGCCACAAAGCGCACAAGCAACAAAAGAUUAAGUUUACGAAAAAACGUAAAUAGGUUUAAGAUUUACUCGUAUAAUAAGCUCUAAUAAUAUUUUUUUUUUUCAAUUUGCA